AUCUCUAUCCGUCCAAAACGAAUUCCCCUUUUCAUCUCUUGUAUAUAUCUGUUACCAAUUGCCCAAAGUUAGGUUUUUUCAUAUUCUCUCUCAAUCUUUAUUCCAAGAACCCACAAACCCAUCUUUCCUUUCAACAAUUUUCUGAUAAUUCAUACACGGGUUGAUCGAUUCAUCGGCAUAAAAAGAUGGAGCAGUCUGUUCUUGAUAGUAUAGUUCGUAGGUUGCUUGAAGUUAAAGGGAGACCUGGUAAACAGGUGCAACUUGCCGAACCAGAAAUCAAGCAACUUUGUGUUGUUUCUAGAGAUAUUUUCUUGCGACAGCCGAAUUUGUUAGAACUCGAAGCUCCGAUCAAGAUUUGUGGCGACAUCCAUGGGCAAUAUUCGGAUCUUUUACGCCUAUUCGAAUACGGUGGACUACCACCUCGAUCCAAUUACUUAUUCCUAGGUGACUAUGUUGACCGAGGGAAACAAAGCCUAGAGACCAUAUGCCUUCUUCUUGCCUACAAAAUAAAAUACCCAAACAACUUCUUUCUUUUACGUGGAAACCAUGAAUGUGCUUCUAUAAACCGUAUAUACGGAUUCUAUGACGAAUGUAAAAGGCGAUACAAUGUUAAGUUAUGGAAGAUCUUUUCAGACUGCUUCAAUUGUUUACCCGUGGCUGCUCUUAUUGAUGAAAAGAUUCUUUGCAUGCAUGGUGGACUUUCACCCGAUCUUAAUAAUUUGGAUCAAAUUAGAAAGUUGAAAAGGCCAAGUGAUGUUCCCGAUGGUGGUUUGCUUUGUGAUUUGUUAUGGUCGGAUCCUUGUAAAGAUGUUAAGGGAUGGGGGAUGAAUGAUCGUGGAGUUUCGUAUACUUUUGGUGCUGAUAUUGUCACCGAUUUUCUUCAGAAACAUGAUCUUGAUCUUGUUUGUCGUGCUCAUCAGGUAGUAGAAGAUGGAUACGAGUUCUUUGCAAAUAGGCAACUUGUAACGGUUUUUUCAGCACCAAACUACUGUGGAGAAUUUGAUAAUGCUGGAGCAAUGAUGAGUGUUGAUGAGACUCUUAUGUGUUCAUUUCAAAUCCUAAAACCCGCUGAAAAAAAGUCAAAAUUCAACUCCGGAAUCAGCCUCUUCAGUAGCACAACAACAUCUAAACCCGGAAACACUCCACCUGGAAUCAAGUCUUUUAUGGGAGCAAGAGUAUGAGACAUGAAGGACGCCGAUAUUGAAGGGUAAAAUUGGAGAUAUAUAUUAAGAGGGAAUUAAUAAAGGUUUUACCUUUUGAUUAUCUAAAGAUGGGGUUGAGAUUAGGUGAAAGGUUUUUAUUUGUUGUUGAUGAUUGUAUUGUAUGUAGUUAUAUAUAUAUAUUUAUAUACGUACCCCUGAUCCCUAACCACAUUUCUUGAUAAAUUACGGGGGCAAAUAAAAUGGUGAGUUGGUAUAAUUUGAUUUGCUAAUCUAUACAUACGUUUUAAGAAUCUCA